GCCGGAUCCAAUGCCAAUUGGAAACUACCAGAUAAUUACAUUUUGAUGUUAAGGAUUAGACAGCACAUGUCGUAGUUCGAUUUGAUUAUCAAUCAGUACUCGAAAUGCAAGAACAAAGUUCUAAAGAUUUGAGGUGGGCAUUGGGACUGAAUAAAUGGGGUGCCAAGCUGUUGGGCGUGUGGCCAAUUGAAGCAGCUAAUCAUUCGAUUGAGAGUAAAGAACCUUGGCAUGUCUAUCUCCGGGUGCCUUUUAUUAUCACAUUGCUCCUGUUUUGGAUUUGUCUGCCCCAAACCUGGGCUCUCGUACUCGAUAUUAAUAAUUUCUCGGUGGUCGUCAACAAUCUUAUGAGCAAUGCCGCGGCCUUCUCCGGAUCUAUUAAACUUUUUUUUCUAUGGCAUAACAAGAAAGUGAUGCAGCCGGUUGUCCAGUCGGCAAGGAACGACUGGUUGCGAGCGAAAAGCUUCUGGGAACGCGAACUGAUGCUGCAGCACGCGUCUGGCAUACGGUUGGUGACAGCAUUUGAUUACACACUAACUACGCUCACCGUCUUCGGUUUCGUCGUUUUUCCUUUAUUAAACAUCGAUAUUCGACUGAAAAGCAACAUCACCGACUACGCUGACCGUCACCUCCUUGUACAGUCUUACUACCCCUUUGACUACUCCAAAACCCCGUACUUUGAGCUAACUAUGGGGUUGCAGUAUCUUGGAGCUUUUUUCACUGCUUUGGCCACGACCGUACCGGAAAGUUACUUUGGUGCGCUCGUUAUGCAUACGAGCGGUCAAUUCGAAAUUUUGAGCUUAGGUUUUGAACGGUGCUUCGAUGAACCCGGACCGACAAACGACGAGCCUCGCUUGCCAAGACUUGUACAGAGACACGUUCACCUCGUGGCCAUAGCACGAACUCUGGAGAUCUCGUUUACCUACGUCAUUCUCGCUCAGAUAUUUGGGACCUCCAUCAUUCUUUGUAGUUAUGGCUUUCAAUUUCUUGCGAUCAUUGGAGCUAGCGAUCAACAAGUACCAGUUUUACAGGUGAUUACCGUUCUCUGUGUUAUGGUUACCUUGAUGAUUCAGACGCUCCUUGACUGUGUCGUUGGUGAAACUCUUGCAACACGAAUCGUUAGCUUGUGCCAUAGCAUUUACAAAUGCCAAUGGUAUAAAGUUACUAGGAACUCAGCCCGAGAUCUUAUACCAACGAUGAUUAUAUCACAGAACCAGAAAACUCUAACGGCUGGCAAGAUUUUGCCACUCUCACUUAAAACCUACUGCAGUAAUCGUGCAAAAAAAACAGAUUUUGAAGACUACGGCUGGUUACAUCUCCAUGCUGGUCGCUGUCAAUAGCAAGUAAACGCAUGAAAUAUAUAAAAAACAUAUUUCUAUUGUUCACUCAAUGAUUUCAUAUAUUUC